UGUGUAUUUGUUUAGUAAUGUAUACUUAAAAUUUAAAAAAAAAAGCUUUUUUAUCUCAAGUAAUUUAAUUAUACAUUUUUAGAUGAAGGCAUCAACGAUGAAAGUUUCUAUUUGCUUGCUGAGAGCACUAUGAUUGCCUUAAUGCCUAAGGCUGGGCCGCGUUUGAUUUAAAAAAAAAAGUAUCAAGCACACAUUUGCCAGACACCAGAGACAGAUUACAUAAACGAGAUCUCGGUUAUCCCAUCACCAUCUGCAGGGUCUAGUUCUGUGUAUACUGAUUCUACGACUUCAAACGUUUCGUUUCAAACAGCAAGUGUACCUUCAAGCAACGUUUCAUUCCCUUCAUCUCAAGACUACAUUUAUGAACCUGACGACCAGCUGCUAGGAUUAUUAAAUGCACCACUGAAUUCGCAGAUUUCUCAAAAGCAACAAUUAGCAGAAAUUGUUACUAAAAAACGGAAAUCAUCAACUUUUACAUCAGCAAAUGUAUGUAUUAUAAAAUUUAAAUGUAACUUUUUUAAUAUAAAGUGUUUCCUCAGAGAUUAGAGGAUUUGCUCCGAAAACAUCCAGAUGGUAGAAUAUUACUAUUAAGUAAAAACAAAUUAAACAAUGAUUUGAGACAAAAACUAUGUAAACUGGUAGUAAAUGAUUUACUUUCUUCAAAUGAAACAUAUGAGUAAGUUUGAAAUGGUUUAGUAUCGUGUGAAUAACAUUUAUUUUAUUAGAAUAAGAAGAGAACAAUUUAUUAAGGCGACCGAUGACAUUGUAGAACUAUUUCCGUUUGAACUACGAGAAACAUACUAUGUUCCAUAUUCUUCUAAAAAGACUGGGUUACGGAUGCCAGCAAGAGGCAAGUUAUGGUGCCGUUAUUUAAAUGUUAAAGCAGCAUUACGUAUGGCAAAUCAAUCAUUAAUUAAAUUAGAUACACAGCCGUCUAAUGACAAAGAGAAUCAACCUGAAAACAUAGUCGAUGAUAUUCAACAAGAUUUAAUCUUUUUAAAAUCUGCAACUGAACCUCAUCUUCGUGUGCUAAAUGCUUGGGAACAAACUUAUCAAAUCAGAUACAGAUUGUAUUACAACACACCAGGGCCUCGAUUCUUGAGUACAGUAGAAUAGAACGUUCCCCGACGAUUAUUCCCUCGUUUUGUUCUCUCCUCAACCUUACACGCUAUUCUGUACUUUUGGGGAGUAGAGCUUUUCGAUAGAACGCACAAUGCAGCGUUGCCAAGGUUCUCAACCAAUCACAUGUUGGCAUUUACGUAAACAACUACCUAACCUCUAUUGUACGUACUUUAAUGUGUAUUACAUUUUUGGUUUUAUUUUCUAUUCAUAACGUUUACGUGUGCUUACAACUAUAGACUUUAUUAUGGAUGCAAGUGAUACGACUCAAAAAAAAUGCGGCAGUAUAAAUGCUGCUCAAAAGCAGACAUUAACAGAUUUUGUGUUCGAACACAAGGAAAUGUAUGUGGGAAAAUUUACAGCUACAUACACAAAGGCGGUAAGCGAAAAACUAUGGCAAGAAGUAACGGUCCUGUUAAACAGUAUACCCGGAGGUCCAAGUAAAGAUUGGAAACUUUGGCGUAAGACCUGGAUUGAUUUAAAAAAAAAUACCAAGGCCAAAUUGUCUCGGGCCAGGAACUACGCUGCAGGUACAGGGGGUGGUCCGCCCCUACCUGAGAUUGAUACAUCCACUGAUUCCAAAAUAUUGGAAAUUUUAUCCCCCGUGUGCGUAACUGGUGAUAAAGACAUCGUGGAAUCGCAGGUGAUUUUGGAUGAUGAAAUGCACCCUGUGAUGGAUGUGGAUAUGGAAAAUAAAUAUAUAGAGGUUCCAUCAGUCACAAUUGAUGUUCCAUGCGCCUCCACAUCAACAGCCAAUGAUGUACCUACCUGUACACCUGUGCAUGAGAGAAAUACUCCAAGAAUGAAAAAAAGUUCAAAAUCGGCAAGACUUCACUCUUCGAUUGCAAACCACGAUAAAUUACUCAAACUAAACCAAGAAAAAUUGGCUAUGGAAAGCGACUACAAAAAACGGAAGCUGGAAAUUUUAGAACAAAUGAUGAAGGAUAAAAGAAGUUACCAAGAAAAAAAAAUUGGAUAUUCUUGA